AUGGGAGGCGGCGUGGGUGGCAUCGUUGCGGGAGUGGCAUUCAUAGCUGACAAAGGCCCUCAUUACACCCUGUCGUUAGUAUCACAGAUCUUCACCUUUGGAGAUGUAACAAGGCUGUCCGGGCUGGCAAGGCUGCCAACGAAGGAAUGGAAGAUGGAUGUAUACGCUAUGAUAAAACAUCACAAGUUCCUCUGA